CAAAGCUGAGGGAAAGAGGAGAUCCACUGAACGGAGAGGUUUGUACAGCUGUUAAAUAUAUCAAGAGUCCAGAUGAGUCAGUACAGUGAUUGUGUUGUGUUUGUCAGGAGCUGGAGAAGGUUUCCUGUCAAUCUUCAGUGUGUGUGACUGAUGGGACCUCCACAGAAUGUCAGGAUUCAGUGUGGAGCAUCAGAGAUCAGAGAUCUGAACAGAGAUCCAGAAACACACAGGAUUCAGAGCUCAGCCUCACUUUACUCUGUUAUACUGACACUCAGGAGAGUGUGUGUGACAGUAAUCAGGGUGAUCAAACCUCCACAGAGUCUCUGGCUUCUGUCUGUAAUGCUGGAGAACAGCAGAUGCUGCAGAUACCAUUGAAGAUGUGUUCAGUGAAGCUGCUGGACUGCAGGAACCUGAUGGAGAUGAGAGGAGAAACUACAGCAGAGGAACAGCAGAGUGAUGAGGAGGAGGAUUUUAUUCAACAUGACAAUCAUGAUGAAAAAGAUAAUGAUGAUGAUGAUUUUAUUCAACAUGACAAACAUGAUAAAGAUGAGGAUGAUAAUGAUUUUGUUCCUUCAGAUGCAGACAAAGGUUCAUCUUUUAAUGGAGAAACGGCUUCUACACCAAAAGAGCAUCUGGCAGCACAGAGUCUUUCCUGCAUCACCUGUGAGAAGACAUUCAGCUCAAAGGGACAUCUAGCGAGACAUGAAAGAAGACACACAGAACAGAAAUUCUUCAAAUGCAGGAGAUGUGGGAGCAGCUUUUCUACCGCAGAAGAGAAGAAACUCCAUUCAGAAGUGCACAGAGGAAAGGGGUUCCCCUGUGAGCAGUGUGGGAAGGUUUUCUUUGUUCCUUCUCUUCUAAAAGUUCAUGUAAAGACACACAGUGAUGAAAAGCCUUUCCACUGCAGUGAGUGUGGCAAGUGUUUCAAAACUAAAGGAAACCUUGUUGAACAUGAGAGAACACACACGGGAGAGAAACCGUACAAGUGUCCUCACUGUGAGAAGAGAUUCACCUACGGAAACUAUCUGAAGAUACAUGUCCGUUCGCACACCAAUGAGAGGCCAUAUCAGUGCAGUGAAUGUGGGAAAACCUUUACAAAGUUAGGUUAUCUCAAGUCACAUCAGAAAAUACACUCUGAGGAGAAACCCUAUCAUUGCUCACACUGUGAUAAACGUUUCCGUCAGAAGUCUCAGCUGACAGUCCAUGAGAGAACACACUCUGGAGAGAAACCUUACCUCUGCUCUCACUGUGGAAAGAGCUUUUCUGGUCCGGGUCAUCUCCAAUUACAUGUGAGAGUGCACACAGGAGAAAAGCCUUAUAACUGCAGUGUUUGUGGGAUGAGUUUCUGUAAAAAACAAAACUUAGUAAAACACCAGAGAACACACACUGGAGAAAGACCUUUCAAAUGCACUCAGUGUGAGAAAACGUUUGCUCGACCAGAUGUCCUGAAAACCCAUCUGAGAAUGCAUACAGGAGAGAAACCUUACAGCUGCUCUAUCUGCGGGGAGGGAUUCGCUUAUUUAGGUAGUUUUAAUAUUCAUAAAAAGAAACAUGCUAAAGAACAACCUGCCCUGGAAUCAUUAUAG